AUGUCAACUGGAAGGAAAAGUCGUGGUCGCCAAAAGAUUGAGAUGAAAAAGAUGAGCAAUGAGAGCAACUUGCAAGUGACUUUCUCGAAGCGCCGUAGUGGGCUCUUUAAGAAAGCCAGUGAGCUUUGCACACUCUGUGGUGCAGAUGUUGCUCUUGUUGUAUUUUCACCUGGUGAGAAGGUGUUUUCCUUUGGUCACCCACAUGUUGAUACGGUCAUAGAUCGUUAUCUAUCACGAGUCCCACCUCAAAACAACAAUGGCACCAUGCAAUUCAUUGAGGCUCACCGUAGUGCCAACGUGCGAGAUCUCAACAACCAAUUGACUCAAAUCAACCAUCAAUUGGACAUUGAAAGGAAGCGCGGUGAUGAGCUGAGCCAUUUGCGCAAGGCAACUGAGACUCAAUUUUGGUGGGCGGGUCCCAUUGAUGGGAUGAAUAGGGCUCAACUUGAAUUAUUCAAGAAGGCCUUGGAGGAACUUAAGAAAAUUGUUGUACAACAAGCUGAUAGGCUUGUAAUUCAGGGUGCACCUACCCAAACUAUUCCAUUUUUUGUUGGAAAUGGUUCCAACUCUAACAUGUCAAUCCAUCACCCGACAAAUUCUCAACAAGCUCAAAUGUUUCAGCAACAAUUUUUUCAGAAUCCCAUGAUGCAACCUCAUUUGUUUGGUUUCAACAAUAUGGGUGGAAGUGGCGGAUAUGGACCCUCCGGAUUCUUUUGA